AUGUGGUCUGCGGCUUCCAAGAUGCCUCUCCUCGACAUCAAAAUUGACGAUCAUUAUUCGUCCAAGAUCUAUACCAGCGGCUCCCACAUCACAGGCACAGUCGCUAUCUGUCCAGAAAGCCGUACUCCCUUUCAUUGCGUCCAGAUUGCUCUGAUGGGAACCUCUCAUACCCGGGUUGACAUGCUACCCGUCCCUAAGAUCACCACCGAUGUCUUCCUCAACCUAGACAUGCCCAUCACCAAGACUUCCUACCCGCAAGGACAGGUCUUUGCGGCAGGAGAAACCCACAUUAUCCCAUUCAACUUCACCAUACCACGAGAACUACACAAAGAUGCCUGUGAGACUCCUUCAGGCGAUCACUCCCAUGAUCAACACAUGCGACUCCCUCCAUCGAUGGGUGGUUGGGGAAAGGAUGACAUGUCACCGACAAUGGCUCAGGUGGAGUAUAAGAUAGUCGCUCGACUGCUCCGGAAGAGAUCUUCCAGCCCAAAAGAUACUACCGAGGCCAGCCAGCGGAUCAUGAUCCUCCCAGCCUUUGCUGAGGACCCGCCUCUAAACAUUAACAACCACGAUGCACGCUACACGCUAUCCAGGACCAAGUCCGUCCGCAGAAGCCUUCUCUCUACGCAGAAACAUCGCAUCCAUAUCAAUGCCCUUCAGCCUGAGGCGGUCUACAUCGGCAUCGGCGGCCACCAGCUACCCGACUCCCACGCAUCUGUAACACUGGACCUGAGCUUUGAAUCCACCUCCUCAUUCUCAUUCCCACCGGAAGUCACUCUGGGUCAGGUUAAGCUAGAUACUCAGACGUGGUUCACAGGAACCCCCAUGAAGAUGUCGCCCGACCUAGGAGACCCCCGGGAGGCGGCAGGGCUGCGCCACGAGUUGCGAUACUCUACCCAAACCAAGCUCUCUACGACAGACACGGGAGUUAUCCUAUGGCACAAGGAUGAUCAGCCAGAAGACCGCAAUGUGUUCUGCUGGCGAUCGAGAACCAAGGUUCCUAUUCGUCUUCCUACCGCCCACAAGAUGUUCCUGCCCACCUUCUUCAACUGUUUCAUCGCUCGAAGCUACAUCUUGCGCAUGUCUGUCAACUUCAGUGGUUCCAAGACCAACCUCUCUAUACCGCUGCAGAUCGCGUCGCAGUCGCUUUACCCCCAAGUGAUGGAGCCAGAGGUGGAGGACCUACCAUCUUUUGAUGCAUCUCUUGCUUGGAGAUGA